AUGGCGACGCUGCAGAAACUCUUCCAUGUCUCACUCCUCCUGCUAGUAUGCGCAUCCAAGGCGACCAAGCCGGAAGCCGAAGCGGAAGCACUUCUCCGAUGGAAGUCCACUUUGGUUGGCGUCAACUCGUUCUCCUCAUGGUCGACCGCGAAUUCCACCUGCUCUUGGUUAGGCAUCACCUGUGAUGCUGCCGGACAUGUCACAGAGCUGAGCCUUCCCAACGCCGGCCUCAACGGUACGCUCAAUGACUUGUAUUCCGCAGCGUUCUGGAACCUCACCAUGAUUGAACUCCAAAACAAUAAUCUUGUUGGCGCCAUUCCACCAAACAUAUCCAAGUUCCUUACGCUCACCAUUCUGGACUUGAGCAGCAACAAUUUUGUUGGCUCCAUACCUCGAUCAUUCUCAAGGCUCCAAAACCUCAAGGCACUGCGUCUCUCCUCAAAUAAUCUCACAGGAGGAAUCCCAGAGGAGCUGGGGGUGAUAUCUGGGUUGCGAAUUCUUGAACUGUACAACAAUCCACUUGGUGGCUCGAUCCCAGCCUCACUCGGGCAGCUUCAGUCGCUACAGAUGCUCCACAUUGUAAACACUAGUCUGGUUUCUACUCUUCCAUCCGAGCUGGGAAACCUUACUAGUCUUAUGUUCAUGGGGCUAUCAAACAAUCAGUUAUAUGGAAGUUUGCCACCAUCUUUUGCCAGGAUAAAAACAUUGUUAGGAAUUUACGUGGAAGGAAAUAGUAUCAAUGGUACCAUCCCGACAGAGAUGUUUACAAACUGGACAAAGCUUCAGUAUUUAGAUGUAUCUAGAAACUUGUUAACUGGAAGCAUCCCGUCGCAUAUCAGCAAGUGCAAGGAGCUAGUGUAUCUUGCCCUCCAUCGCAACAACUUUAUUGGCUCGAUCCCGGUGGAGAUAGGGAGCUUAAGAAAUUUGCAAGCAUUGUUCUUGUCGAAAAAUCACCUUACUGGAAUUAUGCCAUCAGAUAUUGGUAAUGCAACAUCUUUGAAAUUCCUUGACGUCAGCUCCAACCAUCUAGAGGGUGAGCUUCCUAAAACUAUCUCCUUGCUUCUAAAUCUUGUUGCUCUUGGCUUGUCUGGCAACAAGUUUACAGGUACCAUUCUAAAUCGUGACAGCAAGCAGUUGCCGGUUGUCAAGGUUGCCAACGGUACCGGCAAUAGCAGCUUCUUGGGAGAAUCAUGGUCUGCCUUUUGUGGAUUAACACUUCUGCAGCUCUUGGAUCUAUCAAAUAAUGAGCUAUUUGGAGAUCUUCCUGGUCGCCUCUGGAAUUUGAAAGAUUUGCAAACCUUGGAUUUGUCACACAAUGCUUUUGUUGGGGAAGUUCCAAGCUCAACUUUCUAUAACUCAUCACUAAGGUCACUGCACUUGUCAAGCAACAACUUCACAGGUUGCUUUCCAGCUGUGUUGAAGAACUUAGAAAGCCUUGUUGUUUUGGAUCUCGGGAACAAUAAGAUUUCUGGUGUAAUUCCUCCGUGGAUAGGGCAAAGCAAUCUUUCGUUGAGGAUUCUCAGCCUGCGAACAAACAUGUUCUACGGAAGUAUUCCUUGGCAGCUAUCACAACUCCCACUUCUCCAACUGCUUGAUCUUGCUGAAAAUAAUAUUGUAGGUUCCAUACCAGAAAGUUUGGGCAACUUCUCCAUGAUGAGACAGAUAUUUGUGAUGCAACCGGUUGUAACAAUCGACGUAGUAUUUACCACCUAUAGAUAUUUUUUAUUUUACAAUGGCAGCAUGGACAUAAUUCGGAAGGGACAGGAGUACACUUUUGAGGGAAGACAUGCAUUUGUGACUGGUAUUGAUCUCUCUAGUAAUUCUCUAUCUGGUGAGAUCCCUUCAGAGUUGACAAGUCUCAGAGGCAUGCGGCUACUAAAUAUGUCAAGAAAUAAUCUAUCUGGUAGUAUCCCCAAGGACGUUGGCAAUCUAAAGUUAGUAGAAUCCCUUGAGCUCUCUUGGAACAAACUAUCAGGUCAUAUUCCGCCUAGUGUGUCAAACAUGAUGUCCCUCACCAAUCUCAAUCUCUCCAACAACCUUCUGUCCGGGGAGAUACCUACAGGCAGUCAGCUCCAAACACUCGAUGACCCAUCGAUCUACGACAAUAAUCUGGGACUCUGUGAUCCCCCCUUAAGACCAUGCACAAAUAAUUCAAGUAGUACAACAUCAAUGGAUGGGGCAAAGGAACAUCACCAUGAACUCGAAACACUGUGGCUGUACUACUCGGUGAUUGCUGGAAUUGUCUUUGGUUUCUGGGUGUGGUUUGGAGCAUUAUUUUUCUGCAAGAUCUGGUGGGUUGCUUUCUUCAGUUGUGUCGAUGCCAUGCAGCAGAAUGUUGUGCACAAGAUGAAGCGUAUCUGA